GAGUGGCAUAACCUCAUCAGGAAGGUGUAUAGAGACAUAGCGGUCAUAUGCGCGAAAAUGGCGCCGACUUCCGGUGCUUGACCAACCUAAGAGUUCGCACACGCGGCUUGUUGGAUCUUCCUGUGAUGGGUUGAUGACUUGCUCAGUGCGCGUUUGGGGGUGAGUCCGGUGGUACAUGUGCACGGUCCCUAUGGCUGUGUAGCCACCCCACCAGCCGCUUGCGGCUGGUAACCUACGCUUAUUACGAGAGUAAGGUCUGUGCCUCUCAAGAGACUAAUAAUCGCGUCAAGUCGCGACAAAUCCAGUCGCUUCGCUUCCAUAAUUACCCCAGCCUCAGACAUGGCACCCUCGCGACCAGAGUUGCGGCAGGCGACUCUCGAUAGCCACUUCCGCCAGAGCACCAACCGGAUCUCCAAGAAGCCGCGGCCGCCACAGGCCGAAAGCGAAAAGUCACGGAGUGUCGCGAGGCCGGCUGCCAAUGCCAAGCGCUUGGGCGGAGACCGCGUCCUCACCGAUGUGUUGCUCGCCAUCAAGCCCGUGCACCUCGCCAACAUCGCUAGCCAGCAAAAGAAUCACGAGUACCGAAAGUACCGACUGCACGACGGCGUGACGCGCUUGUGGUUCUACGAGACGGGAGACGAGGGAGGCCGCUCGGCUAUCACACAUAUUGCGGUAAUUCCCUCCUCGGUAAGGCGCACCCCCGGCACCGUCCCGACAGAGCCCUUUGGCAUCGGCAACGACGACUUCAACGCCGGACGGAAGGAGUCGAAAUAUGGUUACCCGAUCUUGGAGCUCUACGAAUUGACCAAGCCGGUCGGGCUGGCGGAGAUGAAGAGCCGCUGGGGGUUUGGCGCCCCGAUGGGCUGGCGAUACGUCGGCGCGGACUUGUGGGAAGACCGGUGGGGAGACGACGGGGAUAAUCGCGAUGCCAAGGUGCGGAAGGUGUUCUGAAGACAAAGACGCCAAACAUGCA